GACCUUUGACCUACAUGUCUGACUCAGGCUCCUGUGAGAUAUCGCGGAAGUGAAAGACAGUCUUGACAUUUCAUCGGUUUUCUUCAAGUUUCUAGUCUCUAUGACGAGUAUGUUUAACUUAUUUGGACGCUCGAAACCGCAGAGCAACCUUCCGGCCCCAACAGCGCUACAGCAACAACGUCACAAGCAGAUAGAAACUCUGAAAACCUUCAACCAGAAUGUGUGUGAGCUGAGGAGAGAUGUGGAGUACCGGGUCACCUGCUCCAUCAACAACGUCACCAUUUCUCUCAACAUUCAGCUGCCUCCUGAGUUCCCCAAGGACCGUCCCAUCGUGGUAGUCAGUCCGCCACUGCGCCAUCCGUGGGUGAACGAGCAGAUGGUAGUCACCGGCUGUCCUGGCAUCAACAGUGUAAGUCAGCCUUAA